CAUGAGCUCUGGCAGCGCUCUCCCGACAUGUACACCUGUAAGCUCUAUUCAUUCAUUCAGGGAUGCAGCGUUUGUGUAUGAAUGGCAGUGACUGCAGCAAAGAGUGUUUGAAAUCUGCCUUGGCAAGAUCGUUUGAGCUUGGAAGCAGAAGCAGUGCAGGAGAAGGCAACACGCAGAGAAGUGGAUGCUGAGCAGCUCCGGUCUGCAAUUAAGAGGCUGGCACUGGGGACACGACCCUCCCCGAUGAUUGGAUAGCACCCGCCGGAUGCUGUGAACGAAAUCCACUAGUUGUCACCCCAAUGCUGCCCACAUGUGCGCCAAACACAAGCUCCUUCCUGAGAAAGAGAACUCGAGGGAUCCCUCUGUUCAUCCCAGCUGAUGCUCCCAAGCCUCAGCACCACUAUCAGGACCAUUAGCACAGUACACAGGAUCCAACUCUGUGGAUCAUCAUUUGUUUCUAGUUAAAUGACAUCACUGAACUGCUGGUCCUCAAAUUUAUACAUACGGAGUGGAGCAGCAUCAGUUGUUGGAAUGGUCAUGUGUGUUAGCUGUAAACAUAGGUAAGGUAGGAACAUGAUUCAGGUCUGACCCUGGAGAUGCCGAAGAGACGAGACAUCGUUGCCAUUAUAUUGAUCGUGUUGCCUUGGACACUACUCAUCACUGUUUGGCACCAGAGCACCCUCACUCCUCUGCUUACUACUCGAAAGGAUGACAGAACUGAUGGUCACUCCAACUCCAGAAACACCUUUGCUUUUAAGGAGUCAUGCUCGCUUCAGAACCGGGACAUUGUGGAGGUGGUACGCACGGAAUAUAUAUACAGCCGCCCUCCACCCUGGUCGGAUAUAUUGCCCACUAUCCACAUCAUCACUCCCACUUACAGCCGCCCGGUGCAGAAAGCAGAGCUGACACGGCUGGCCAACACUUUGCUUCAUGUGGUCAACUUGCAUUGGAUCCUGGUAGAAGACUCCCAGAGGCGGACCAGUCUGGUUAGUCAUCUUCUCCACAACACAGGGCUCAACUACACCCACCUCAAUGUGGAGACACCUAGGAACUAUAAGGUACGCGGGGACACCAGGGACCCCCGGAUACCACGUGGUACCAUACAGAGGAACCUAGCUCUCCGGUGGUUACGGGAGACCUUCAGCGUAAAUAACAGCCAGCCUGGGGUUGUCUACUUUGCAGAUGAUGACAACACAUAUAGCUUGGAGCUGUUUGAGGAGAUGCGUUCCACUAAAAAGGUGUCGGUGUGGCCCGUGGCUUUUGUGGGUGGCCUGCGUUAUGAGUCGCCCAAAGUAAACACCUUGGGGAAGGUGUUUGGCUGGAAAACUGUAUUUGACCCGCACCGGCCCUUUGCUAUUGACAUGGCUGGGUUUGCGGUGAACCUGCAGCUCAUUCUGUCCAAACCUCAGGCUUAUUUCAAGCUGCGUGGGGUAAAGGGAGGAUAUCAGGAGAGCAGCUUAUUAAAAGAGCUGGUCACUCUCAGUGACUUGGAGCCUAAAGCUGCUAACUGCACUAAGGUAUUAGUAUGGCACACAAGGACAGAGAAGCCUGUGCUGGUAAAUGAGGGCAAGAAAGGAUUUACAGACUCUAACGUAGAGAUAUGACAUCCUUCACGUGACACAGGGGAGGAAUGUUUCUACUGAGCUCUCCCUGGAUUCAAACCAACCUGAGCUCCAAAAAAGCAACAGUCACGGUCAAAAAUAUUACCAGGACGCAGCAGCUGUAUUUCACCACAGCUUAGCAUGAAGGUACGCGUGUCCAGCUCAAGAGGCAGAGCAAAGCCAUGUGUGUUUGAGCGACCACAGAGUAUCAAAGCACAACUGCACAAAAACGUCUGGUGUGUUCUGGAGCAGCACCGAAAGGAGUUUGCCACCUGAGGUCUCCUCUGAGAUAAGGGAUGUCACAUGACUUAAGCUGCAGGAAGAGAUGGUACAGCAAGCAAUAAAGAGCCUUGUGAGCGACGUCAACACCAGCCAACCAUCCAAUCAGAACUGAAUGGGGCCCUUUUGUUUUGAUGCAAGCUGGCUGUCGGGCAAAGAGCUGCACAGGGAAAUAAAAGAAGUCCUUGUUUCAAGAGAGUCAGCACCGACUGUUAGACAGCACUGACGGGAUCUGAGCCCUCCCCCUUUUUGUACUGUACAACAGUGAACCCAGUACUAAUUAGGAGCCCUGCUACUUUUGAACAUACAUUUGCGCACACUGAGCUGUCACACUGCUCACAGACACACAUGCACACAAAAACAUGGAGCAGUGGCUUAUUAACAGCAGUGUCCUCUCUCGCAUUCAUUUACUACAAGCUUAACAUGCUGUAACAGCGCUGACAUGCACUCAUAUUUAAAAGAGGAUCCAGUAUUGCUGUUAGCCUGUCAAACUCAAAGACUUCCUCAUAAGCUAAUUAAGACUGCACUGGGUGAAGGUUUCUUAGCAGUUAUUUAUUGUUUCAGAGUAAUUUGUAGCAUUCGUAUGUUAGUUGUGAACAGUACGUGUGAGAGUCGAUGGAAUGUAAAGCCAUUACUCUGAAAAUCAGAAGUGCAUUCUUUCAAAUAGCUGUAUUAUACAUUCUAAUUAUUCUCACCGUGGAUGGAAGGCUUGCGAGUAAUGAGUUCAUACUCCACUGACUUGCAGUAACACCACUUAAGAAUGCAAAUGUUCUCUGUGACUUUGUAUCGUUUUAAGAGUUCAGUCAGUUCUCAGUGUUAAUUUGCAGACAUUUGAAAUAUUCAAACACUUGAAACAUUGAACUUUGACUUGACUUGACUAGAUUAGGGUCUGAUGCUACUGCUAUGUUGCUUGUGUUUAAUUUGACAGCUGCUCAAACUACUGCCUCAUGAAGCUGAUUUUUGCUUUACAGACCUAAGAUUGCAGUAACUGCUACUUGAUACAUACUCAAGAAUAUUCACAUAGGCAAUACAGAUUUAACAAUCUGACACACCUGCCACAGCCAGACUCCCUAAAAUUGUUACUCUAAGACUGUAAAUUCACAGGUAAGAACGUGAUCAUUGCUUAAUAAUUCUGCUGUAUAUGUAAAGAUUUAUUGUAAAUAAGGGUACUGUAUGUACAUAGGUUUAAACUGCUCCCAUACAAUCGUGACUCUGUCUUU